GCACCUCCCCCCGUUUGGUCAGGUGUCGCGCUAACUAAUCACCGCCUUCCUACUCUGAAUACCGCACAGAUAAUGAAGGAAAGAAUUGGCUGAUGUGGGGAUUCUGCCAGCGGAAUUCCGGCUACACUAUUCCUAAAUAGGCUAGCAAACGAGCCAUUGCAGGGGGGGGUGCAAACUCAUUGCCAGGGACUGUAUCGCCAGGGACGCCAUCGAGCCCCACUCUUGCGACCAACUCCGGCCCAAUCAAGGGAAGAUAUGGGUGAUCGCCUAGGCUUGGCAGUCGGUGACUUGUCCACCAGGCUGAAAUAUCAGCCGAUGUUCUUGGCAAGUCGAAAACUCCUUACUCUGGCAGCCUAGCAGCGUGCAGUCGCUUCUUCCCUGAUCUGAAGUCACGAUAAUGUGGCACUCCCUUGUCGAUCGAUUUGCGUCGCACUUGCACUUACGGCAAUGGAGGAUGAAAUCACACCUGCGCCGGACAAUCCUGCCAUCCACCGUGUCGCACCAUCACCACUACCACCAGUCAACCCCAAUAUUAUGGAGGAUCUAAGGGCAGGCAGAAUCAUCGUCACACCAGGGCAGCUCAGCACCCUCACCUCGACCAAGGACCUUGCGAUCUUCCAUUCCCUCGGUGGCCUCGACGGACUCGCAGUCGCUCUGCAAACCGAUCUCGAGCAUGGACUUGACGACAGUGACUCUGCGACGAACAAUGGAACAACAACCGCGCUGGACCACCGCCGCGCGACCUACGGAACGAACCGCCUUCCCGCACCACCGCGCCCUUCCUCCCUCCACUUCGCGUGGAUGGCCUUCAACGACAAACUCAUGCUCCUGCUGACUGCGUCGGCGACCGUCAACCUGGCGCUGGGGAUCUACCAGGCCGUGACCGCGGCCGCCGGGGAGCCCAGCGUGGAAUGGGUGGAAGGGGUCUCGAUCCUGGUGGCGGUGAUCGUGAUCGAAGAACGGGAGGUCACUGUCUUCCGUGGCGCGGGUCUGGCCCGGCAGAUCUCCAUCUACGAGAUUCUGGUCGGGGAUCUGGUCCACGUGGAGACGGGGGAUGUUUUGCCGGCUGAUGGGAUCCUGGUGCAGGGGUUCGGCGUGCAAUGCGAUGAGUCCUCGGCCACCGGAGAGUCUGAGUUGAUUGAUAAGACGACGGGAUGGCCGAAUCUGCACGCACCGCCGGCCCCCGGGUCGGCAGCCUGGUAUGACCCGUUCAUGCUCAGUGGCAGCAAAGUCACCAAUGGCGUGGGCAGGUUCCUGGUCACCGCGGUCGGCGAACAUUCCAGCCACGGGAGGAUCAUGUUGUCUCUUCGGGACGAGGUGGAGGAAACGCCCCUGCAGCAGAAGCUGGAGGUGCUGGCGAGACACAUUGUCACCAUUGGGCUGACGGUGGGAGGGGUCUUCUUUGUCGUCAUCUUUGUUCGGUUCCUCUGCCAGCUGGGACAGAUCGAGGGCGGGGCCAGAGGCAAAGGCGAGGAAUUCCUCAACGUCCUGAUCCUGGCUAUCACGGUGGUGGUGAUCGCCGUGCCGGAGGGCCUCCCCCUUGCGGUCACCAUGGCGCUGGCCUUCGCCACCACGAGAAUGCUGAAGGACAAGAAUCUGGUGCGGCGGUUGCGGUCCUGCGAGAUCAUGGGCAACGCCACCACCAUCUGCUCCGAUAAGACGGGCACGCUGACCCAGAAUAAGAUGCUGGUGGUGGGCGGCCGCGUCGGGAUAUCGGGCCCGUUUGGCGAUGUGCCCCCUGCACCUGGGGCCUGCAAUCACCACGUCGUCUCCUUACCCAGCGCGGUGGGCAUGUUACCAGAUCUAGUGAAAGAUCUGGUCAAAGACUCAAUCGUGCUCAACUCUACGGCCUUGGAGAAAGGCACCCAAGGCGAUGGGAUGCAGCUGGCUGGGACAAGCACCGAGGUUGCGCUUAUCGAGUUCGUGCGCGACCAUCUCGACCUUGUUGAUGGCGAGGGCUGCUUGUGGCUGCUGCUGUUGUUGCUGCUGCGCCAACGCGGCCUGCUCCACUGUCGAGUAUCCGUCCGCCAGCGCGCGCGUCAUCUUCCGAAGCACGAGCUGUUUGUAGAAGAGGUGGUAGGCGUAUCCGCUCAAGCCGAUGACGAGCACUGUCCCCAGCGCGGUGGCGCAUGCGCCUCCGAAUUUGCGGGCGAUGCUUUCGCCUUCGUCUUCUUCUGGUAAGAACCUCCUCCGCUGGGACCUCGGCGCAGUCAUUCGGGCGCUGGCGGGAGGGAGUCGGCGACGAUGACGACUUAGAUCAUG